UUAAGUCGAUCGAGAUCACAAUGUCUCCUUUCGCGUCAAAGCCAACUAAAGAAGAGGCUAUAAAGAACCAAAACGACGUAGCGUUGAUCCUUUCGGACCAUCUCUUCUCUACUAAAGCCAAACACUCUAACACCGUUUUUUCGCCGGCGUCGAUAACCGCCGCCCUCACUUUGGCGGCAUCUGGUCCCGGCGGUUCUUUAAUCGCCGGCGAUAUCCUCUCUUUCCUCAGGUCUUCUUCAAUCGAUGAGCUCAACUCCGUCUUUGCAGAGAUGGUUUCCGUCGUCUUUGCGGACCGUAGCGCGAACGAUGGUCCAAAGAUCUCGUCGAUCAAUGGCGUCUGGAUCGAGCAAUCGCUAGCGAUUGAUUCGUUAGCGUUCAAGGAUCUCUUCGAAAAUAUCUUCAAGGCUAGUUUCGAUCUCGUUAAUUACCGAUCAAAGUUUGAAGAAGUACGUGUGGAGCUGAAUGCAUGGGCUUCGAAUCACACUAAUGGUCUCAUCAAAGAUCUUCUUCCUCUGUCUGUGCCAUUCAUGAGCAGCUACGAGAAGCAAGACAUAGAAGCUUAUGAUGGUUUCAAGGUCCUGAGGAUACCUUAUCGACAAGGCGGCAAAGAUACCAAACACAACUUCUCUUACCGACAUCGCUUUAGAGACGAUACCGAACGCGACGGCUUCUCGAUGUAUUUCUAUCUCCCAGACAAGAAGGAUGGAUUGGAUGGUCUUGUGAAGACGAUGGCAUCUACUUCUGGAUUCUUGGAUGAUCACGUUCCAUUUUCCAAACAACCUGUUACCUGUGUGGAGAUCGAUGAAGAAGGCACUGAAGCUGCUGCUGCAACUUAUAUGAGAUCGAACGGGAAGGGGGGCGUCCCUAGAUAUGUAGAUUUUGUGGCAGAUCAUCCAUUUUUGUUCUUGAUUAGAGAAGACAAAAGUGGAACUGUCUUGUUCGUUGGUCAGAUCUUCGAUCCUUCUAUCAAAUCUUCU